AUGACUGAAUCCACAGUUGCUUCGGAAUCUACUAGCCAGCCAAAGGAAUCUUCCGCAGCUGCACCUGCACCAGUAGCUACACCUGCACCAGAGAAGCCACAGUACAAUCCUAAACUCAUUACGUCAUUGGACUGCAAAUUAUUACAAUAUGAAUAUGGAAUCUAUAAAUUGGAACAGUUUAUAGCUAGCUUAAAACGAUUACAAUCAUCGACUUCGGAAGUUCCGCUAAUCCAUUAUAUUGUCUUGUUAACUGGAAGUGUUUUUGCUAUAAAUGAUAAAGCAUUCGAUAAAAGAUUCGAUAAGUUAUCCAAUUUCAAACCAAUCCAGCUUGGUACAAUUAACAUCGCAGCUAAUGUGUCUCAUAUUCCAUACGAUAUUCCGGAUUUGCCAGUACUGGCAUUGGAUGAUUUCCCAUCACUUGAAAACACGUUGAAAUGCUUGAAACAAGUAGAAACUUUGAGCAAUAUCUGCUUAUCGGGGUACCAAAAGAGACUUGAAUUGGCAAAGAUCGAUAAAACAAAUACAGUAAAGGGUGCUGAUAUUGAAACGUAUUAUGCCAAAUUAGAUAGCAUUAUUUCGCAUGAUAUAUUCCAUCAAGAUGUUGAUUUACUAUUGAACGACUUGAUGUUCCCUUUAGGUAGUGAUGAUCUGAUCAAUAUCCAACAUUAUGAAGAAGCUUCAUUAAUCGACAUGGAUCUUAAAGAAUUAUUUGUCAUUAUUCAACAAAUGGAAAAACUGUUGGCCAAAUUGAAACCGGUGAUUGACUCCUUGAAGAAGCCGCAAAUAAAUGAUUCUUAUUCAAUACACAAGGUUUUCCUUCUCACUUCCAGAUUAAAUGAAAUUUACACAAUUAUACGAAGGUUUGGUAGAAAGAUUUAUCUUUCCAACCAUCAGCACUUGGUUGAUUCAAAAUUUUUAUACCAUUGUGCUAAUGCGGCAUAUUUCAAAACUAAUACCUUGAAGAAUAUGGAUGAUUAUUACAAUUCAAUGAAGAAAAAUGGAACUCUUAUUGCCAACAUCACCAGACUAAUACGUCAAGAUACCAAACUUGAAAUCAGUGCCAAAAACGUAAGUACGCAUAUCAAUUUUGUUGUGCAGGGUCUCAAUGUAACUGAAAAAUCACUAAGCGUAUUGAAAGAAUUUGGAUUAUCAUGGAUUGUUACCGAAAAGAAGUUUAGAAAUGUUUAUCAUUUACCAAGAGGGAACUUGGAUAAAAUUUACGAAAGUGUCCCCGAGUUGAAACCUAAACCCCCUCAACCCAAGAUAGCAGCAAAAACACAACAACCGCAAGCAACAAGGCCAAGCAAUCUCCAGACUUCGGCCAUGGAGAGGCAUUUAAAGACUUUGGAUUUGAAUGAUAAUGGUGGCGGUAGGAGAUCUCGUUCUUCUUCAACCUCAAGUGUCAAUAGCAAUGGCAGUAAUUCAUCAAACACCUCGUCGGGUUUAAUGAGACGGGGUUCAUUGACAUCCCCUAAUAAAGCGCCUGGCAAUUCAAGAGUAUCAUCGCCGCGUGCAAGACCUAACUCGAUGUUGUUUCAGCAACAUCCAAACACUUCAAAUACCAGUUUUGAAAAUGGAACUGUCGCUGAUGGGAAAGCAACCACUAGUAAACCUGGGAUUGGCACGCAGGGCGCUGCAGCUCAAGGACGUCGGAGGUCAAACUCUCAUCCACUUGCAAAUGAAACCAUUGCGACAUCUGGUGCUGCUGCUGCAUUGAAAGCCAAUGGAAUUAAAAAUUCAUCGCCAUAUAAACAACAGCAACAGAAGCAACAAGAGCAACUACAUCAAAAGUCACAAAGACAACAACUGCCAUCUGAUACUGAGCAAACGAUGAAUGGUGUGUCACAAAAUUCACAUAGUUCACUCACAAAGAUGUUGAUUGCUGUUAGUGAAGAUACUGCCGAAGAUGCUGCUUCUUCAUCAAAUGUCAAGCUCUCGGCAUCUCAAAGGCUUCAGCAGCAUAUUAGAGAUGCGGCCAAAUCGGGCAAUAUGAUGACUACACAAAGGGAGGCGUUAAACUCUGUUGUCUAUGAUCCGAAUCACACCACAGAUCUUAAUAUGAAAAGGUAUAUUGAUAGACCAAGGGCAAGUGAAUCUCAAUCUCCAGAAGCAUCAUCACCUCCACUUCCACCUCCUCCUUCAGGUGCCGUGCCUGCAGCUGCCGCUGCAUCUGGGCCUUCACAAUCUAAUGAAUUUCAUGUCAAGAGUAAUGGCCAGCCAAUACGUCGAACUAGAGAUCAAGUGACACGAAGCAACACACAGCGUAACAGUUUCAUUCCUGAAAUACCAGAAAAGACAUCAUUAGAUGCUCAACCAGUGUCGCAAGACAACUCGUCGAAUUCAACUGCGGCUUCAUCGUCAACGUUGGGUAACAGUGUCGACCAGCCACAGCAAGCGGCAUCUUCUUCGAUGCCAGCAGAAUCCCAACCCAGUACUACUACUACUACUUCUGAAACAAACUCAGGGUUCGAUGAUCAGAAUACUUUAAUUGUUGGCUCGUCCAAUGAGGCAACCACAACCCCAGUGAUCAAGAAGGUCAGAUUCGCUGGAGUGCCCGAAUGGACAGCAGCCGAAGAUGCACCCACCAAGUAUUCUCAUGCAAUUUUGAGAAACUUUGCCGUGUUCCGAUCUCCCUCCAAGUCCAAUAAAGAACGAAGCAAUUAUUUCACAAAGAGUGAUAUUUUUUUAAAAGAAGAGAGUUUGUCAUUUAGAGCUAAUCAAACUUUGAAUGAAGGCGAACCUGUUUUACCAUCUCCACCGCCAACAACAACAAAGAAGGGGUUGGGAUUAUCUAAAUUUAGAUUUAAACUGCUGUAA